AUGGUUGCAGCUGAUCCAAGCAAAAAUGAUCUUCAGCAGUUUAGAAUGUUCUGUUUAGAACCUUUAAGUUCAAACGGGGAAAUAUUUGUCAAGCUAGCAAUAUCAGAUAUUUACCAAAUGGAAGAAGAAUUUUACAACAUGAAUCAUUCAAGACGUGGUGAUUGCGUUAUAUUCAAUAUUAAACAUGUUAGGACUGAAAAGGUUAGAGCUGGCAGCGAACAAGAUGUUAAAAGAUUGAACGAAAGCUUUUCUUUCCUCGGUUUUGAAGUUAUCGAGAAGUUAGAUUUGACAAAGGAGGAAAUUAUAAGAGAAAUGCAUACACUUGCCGAUAAAAACCAUUAUCACAACGACUGCUUUGUCUGUGUGAUUCUAAAUCAUGGUAGAGAAGGAUAUGUCCAUACAACUGACGGAGAAGUGUCUCUUUCAACAUUACUUGAUCCUAUAAAGAACUGCAAAUCACUGCUGGGGAAGCCAAAACUUUUCUUCAUUCAGGCAUGCCGUGGUAACACGAUAGACUUUGGCAAUUUAGUCCAAGAUGGCUCUCCAAGAGGAAACGAAACCCUGCAAACAUUAUCAUCAGAAUCAGAUGUUCUAAUUGCUUAUGCCACGCCACCAGAUUAUGUGUCAUGGAGGGAUACGGAAAGGGGCUCCAUUUACAUAGAGGUUCUAUGUGAGCUUCUAAGAUUAGAAGGAACUGAAACUAAGCUUACAGAGCUACUACAGAAAGUCAGUAAUUGUACUGCCAAGUGCUUUGCUGUUUCAAGAUUAUGUCAAGUGCCUUGCUAUACAUCAUCGCUUAGUAAAUCCUUAGUUUUCAAUUUGAAGAAACGGGUUGUGAUGGUAAUGUACAACGAUGGAACAUACUCAAAUGUGUCAAAUUCUAACACACAAAUUGAUGCAACAUAUUCAAGAGCCUGAUCAACAGUCUAAAUUUAUUGUUUUCAAUGAUUCGGUAGUGAACAAUUUUAAA